UGACGAUCAGAACAGCCACAGCAGCAGAACGGCCUGAGUCAUCAUCAUCAUCGGGUGCGUGCGUGUGGCUAGUAGUAUCGCUCUCGGUCUCUUACACAAACAAACGACCAAUAGGCAACCGUUGUUUCCCCAAGAGCAGUGUCACGUGUAUGGAUUCGUUAAGACGAUUGACCAAUCACGGGUGAUGUGUUACUUGGCAGUGGACGUUUCGAAGCUUGUGUUGUGUAUCUAUCCGUCCCUUCAGUUGAAUGAACACCAUACCGGCUCAAGGCACGGGUACGUAGUAGUACGCUCAUACAGUGAAGGCUAGAAAAGACCACCCAUCCAGUCUGCAUAUAACAGCCCACCGGACCGGUGAUGUAAGGUGUUGUGUUUUUUAGGGGCUGGCUCUCGCAUGAAAACAGAAGACGGCAAAUUGGUGUUGCUCUCAUCAGCAGGAUCAUUUAUCGUUGUGCUCCUCAACAGAAUGGUAGUCUCUAAACCCAAGAUGUUAUAAGCGAACCAUUCCUAUUAUUGCUGUGAUACACACCAUUGAACACCAUCAUACUACACCAAGUUUGUUUAGCGGUGUUCCGCGCUACCUGGCAAGUAUAGAAUUUAGUUUUUACACUUCAUCGCAAGUUUACGGUAAACACUCGUCAUUAGAAUACGUGUUUCUUGAACUGAAUCCGUACCACAUAUUUUGUUUCACCACCAACAAACACCAACGUCUUUCAACCCGAACGCUUGUUGUGUUGUUCUUUUUUUUUUUUAAACACACGGAUUUUAUACCCUGACGAUCAUCAGAAAACUACGGGGAAAAGGACACUGUUGGUGUCAUCACCAACACACCCCCAGGAAAAAUAGGUGUGCUUACGGACAAGACUUUGACCAUGUCAAGUAUAACCCUGUCAGUAUAUCCUCCAGAGCAGCCCGGUGAGAAACGCCGGGUAUCAUGCUGUGUGGGAUGUGGGGGCCAGAUUCAGGACCAAUAUAUACUGAGAGUAGCCCCGGACUUAGAGUGGCAUGCGGCCUGUCUCAAGUGUGGUGACUGCGACGCCUAUCUGGACGAAACAUGCACGUGUUUUGUACGGGACGGCAAACCUUAUUGCAAGAGAGACUACCUCAGGUUGUUCGGAACUAAAUGUGCAAAGUGCAGUCAAGGCUUCGACAAGAACGACUUUGUCAUGCGAGCAAGAAACAAAAUCUAUCAUAUCGAGUGCUUUCGUUGCGUGGCCUGUAGCCGGCAACUCAUCCCUGGGGACGAGUUUGCGCUUCGAGAAGACGGCCUAUUCUGCAAGGCUGAUCAUGAAAUGUUAGAGCGGAGUGGAGCGGCCUCUGACAGUAGUGUGGUGGUUACCAGCGGAGGUAGCACCAAUAAUAACAAUGGGAAUCAUCGUAAUUAUAUGAAUGACGAUGAUCUCCUCAUCCCAUCGCCUACAGGGAGACAAAACAGCCAUUCCGAACCCAUGCCCAACCGGACCGUUCGCUCGCACUCCCAUAAACAGGAAAAACCCACUCGGGUACGGACAGUGCUCAAUGAGAAGCAACUACACACUUUACGAACAUGCUACAAUGCCAACCCCAGACCGGAUGCCCUAAUGAAGGAACAGUUAGUCGAGAUGACGUCGCUAAGCCCGCGGGUCAUCAGGGUGUGGUUCCAGAACAAGAGAUGUAAAGACAAGAAGAGGAGCAUCCUCAUGAAACAAAUGGCUGAGCAGAGUGCUAAUAAGGACCCCAACCGAAGGGUGCAGAACUUCAACGGUGUACCCAUGGUUGCCUCGAGCCCCGUCAGACACGACUCCCAGAUUCAGGGGAACCAGGUUGAAGUUCAAAGUUACCAACCUCCGUGGAAGGCACUUAGUGACUUCGCUUUGCAAAGUGAUAUCGAACAACCCCCUUUCCAACAAUUGGUUAAUUUCUCGGAGCAGAACCUCGGGCAGUCUAAAGACAUGAGAGACGACAACUCGGCCAUCAUGAGCUUACCACCAACGCCCGACUCGUCAGACCGUAUGCACUCUGGUUCCAACGGCCACAUGGACAGGAUGGACUCGCUCAGUGUCAGUGAUUGACAGUGAUUGACGCGGAUUCUCGGACUUUUCAUCCCUGUACUAUAAAACAAAAUAUUGUAAACUGAAAAAACGUCUCACUGUGUGAAUACGAAGUACUGAAACUUUAUGUGGAACUCUUAUUUAUGUUGAUAACUUUGCAAUGUGGAGUGGGGAAAUGUUGUGUGGACUCAAUCGUCGGUGGAUCGGACUACUUCAAACCCCUGGGUGAAUCGUGUCCAAAAUGGUCGGACUCCAAGAUAAAAAAAAAACCAUCUUGGACUGGACGUGAGUGUCCAGCCAGUCCAGCCAGAACUUGUUUACCGGUCAGUUGUAUUGGGUAUGAAUUAACGAACUGUACAACACUACGGUAAAGCAUGACCUUUGGUCAAUCACAAGAUACAAACAUGAAAAACAAGCUACUCAAGAUUUUCAACGGUCCACCCUCUGGAUGACGUGUGUCGUCAUCAAUGCAGCUGCGCAGAUGUUCAUUUUCACGCCAAGUGCCAUGUUAGGCAUCAUCAGGUCAUCUGCAAAAUCAUUACGUCAUCGAUAGUCAUCAAUGUACAUGAGCUCAAAUCAUCAUUCGUGUCUCACCAGUGGAUCUGGUAUCCUUGUCAUUGACUGCUGGCUGCAGUGCAAACUUUAUAAGGAACCAGACUAUUCUAUAGUUACUGUUUUGCCUUUCUAUGGACGAAAAACAAAAUGGCUGACUAUUAUUUUGACAGACUUUCCGAAUGGGUUUCUAGAUCAGAAACAUGUGAAAUAUAAUUCUUAGGGAGGGUCACUUGGUUUCACUACGCAAUAUGUCAUACGAUCAUAUUGUGCAAUCUGGUUGCUUUAUCAAUACACUCCAGUGUAUUGUUUUUUCGUAGGACGUUGCAUUGGAAAUGCCUUGCAAAGAAUUUUCAACCACUGUUAUGUUUUCUGGAAGAUUUUAACGUCUGUAUAAGAUUGCAGUUUGGACAAUGAACUUUCCGAGUCCGAAAAAGAUGUAAUGAAUUUACAGUCAAUUAAUGUCAUCCAUUUGGUAUAUAUUUAUUUAAAUAAAUGAAAGGGACGUUGUCGCAAUUAAUUAAUUAAUUCCUUUUGGAAUUCCUACUAAGAUAAUAUGGGUCAAUUGUUUGACCGACUGUACAGAAAUUUAAAAAUCAAACAUAUUUUCAAAAAUCUCUUGGUAUUUUGUCAUUGAUAUAAGAUAUAUAAUUUCACGUAGAUCUUUCAUCCACUAUACAUUGUUUUAAUUGGUGUAUAUGUUGUGAUCAUUUUUAGACAUUAAGUUCAUUGACAACCUUAUUGUGCUUAGGUUUGUUAAUACUCGACCAAUUCAACCUGUUACAUGUAGCAACAACACAUCACUCAAACGAACUCAAAGGCACUUGACACGUUUGGUAAUUGGCAAAGACCAGUAUUCUCACUUGCUGUAUCCCAAAAUAUCCAUAC